GAGGGAGGAAGGGGUAGGGCGUCGAGGCAAGGCUUCCGUGGUGACGUUGGGAAAAUAAAAAAAACCGAGCGAUAAGAAUUUGGCAUCCAGCGCACGGGCGACAGGGGUGGGGUGGUUUUGAGGGCGGAUUAGGGCGACGAAGCGGUGGCGAAUUCGAGACAGCAGCGUCCUCAUACACACGAAGCGCGCACACUGCCCACACAGCCACCCACUGCAGCAGCAGCAACAACAACAACCAGCAGCUAUGGAUGUGAAUCAGUUAGUGGCUCAGGGUCGUUUUCGAAUCAUCAAAGAACCCUUGGGUUUUAUCAAGGUCCUACAAUGGAUCUUCUCCAUAUUCGCGUUCGCCACAUGUAGCGGCUACACGGGGGAGCUGGGCAUCACCGUCAACUGCAAGAAUCGCUCCGAAGCCAACCCCAACGUCAUCAUCAAGUUCUCCUACCCGUUCCGCCUGCACCAGGUGUUCUUUGACGUGCCGGCGUGCAAAGGCGCGGAGGUGGAGCGCCUCUACCUGACGGGCGACUUCUCCUCGUCGGUCGAGUUCUACGUCACGGUCGCCGUCUUCGCGUUCCUCUACUCCCUCGCCGCCAUCGUCGUCUACAUCUUCCUGCAGCAGAAGUACACGGAGAACAACCGUGGACCCAUGAUUGACUUCAUCGCCACUGUCGUGUUCUCCUUCCUGUGGCUGGUGAGUGCCUCUGCCUGGGCUAAGGGCCUCUCGGACGUGAAAUCUGCCACGGACCCCGAGGAGGUGAUCUUCCUCGUGGCCGCGUGCCAGGCCGCCGUGCCGCUCGCCACCUGUAAGGAGGGCCUCGACCCCGUGACCUCCGGCCUCAGCGUCUCUGUUGUCUUCGGCUACCUGAACUUCGUGCUGUGGGCCGGCAACAUCUGGUUCGUGUUCAAGGAGACGGGUUGGUCGGCGGGCGGGCAGCCGGCCGCCGGAACCAGCGGGCCCAUGGCCGCUGCGGGACCCGGCGCCAUUCCGCCUGCAGCUGCCAAACCUGGCCUGGGCGGCGGUGUCGGCGGCGGCAGCAGCGACGCCGUAAGCUACGGGCAGGACUCGGGCUACGGGCAAGGUGGAUACGAGCAGCCCGGCGGCGGCGGGGCAGGAGGUGGGUACGGGCAGUCGGCCGGAUAUGGCCAGACUAGCCCCACCUCCUACGUCAACCAGAUGUGAUGUCGCCCAACCGCACGCUCUCCAGAUUUCGUACCGCGGGGGCAGGAAAUUAAGAGUGGUUCAUAACCAGAGGUUGCUUUCAGUGCAAACGGUGUGAGCAUGUUUUAGAACGAGCAAGCGUCUCUCAGUUGAGUGUCGCCCGAUUGGAAGCGAUCUUGCAAUAGGGCGACGGAUUUUUGUUGAAUUUUUUUUUUCGGCGGACGUGGUGAUAGGCCGCCCCUGUCGGGUUCAGGGAUUUUCCGCUGGGCCCAACUGCCGGAGGAAAUACUUUGCUCGCGAAUUAUGUUUUCUUUCUUCCGUCGGAAAGCAAAGGUGGUUGAGUGUCACGUUAUAACGCAUGUCGUACAGACGACGUAUUUAUAUAUUUCGUUUCUUCCUUGCUUUCGUCAACAAAUUGACCUCAUGGACCUCGAAGUAUCAUUUUCAAUCAGUUUUAUGAGUUAGAUUUUCUUUAUAUAUACUUUAUGUUAUUUCGGCCAUCGACAAACAUCACGAGUGGUGGUGUAAUUGUCUUUAUUUAAUAUUUCAAGUUCUGGAUGUGACUGAUAAAAAAAACACACACACACUUCUAACUCUGAUAAUUUCCUGCCCUGGCUUUAAUUUUAGGCAUGUCUAUACAAAAAAUCAUGAUCAUGUUAUGAAUAAUACAUUUUAAGAAGCAACAUAAGUCAGAAGCAGCUUUUCCCUCCACUAUUAGGCAAAGGGCACUGCAUUUUUAGCCACCUGUCCAAUGUAGCGUCAUCCGUGUGUAGACGAGGUGUGUUGGAAGUGACAGUGUGAUGACGGAUUCUAGUCUCUGGAUGUUUUAAAAAUCGAUCUGAUCCAAACACAGACAACUCAUGGGGGACAUCAUUCACAAACCGUGCGUAAAGAUCGCUGCCCUGUAUUGGAAAUUACUGCAGGGUUCAAUGCCCAAAUUAAUAAACACAUCGUAAUUUACAUAAGGUCAAAGAAAGAGCACGCUAAACUCCCCAUCAACCUCCAAACGUGUGUUUGGUGUAGAAAAAUGUUUAAAUCGCGUUACCACUAUGAUAAUGAUUUUGUCAGAUGUAAAAAAAGAAAGUAAAUCCAGACUUUAUUUUACACACGAUGUGGUUGUUUAAGAAUGUGCCACGGUUUUUGUGAAUGUUUUGGGUUAUACCUCGCAAAUGUUGUUUGUGUGUACACAAGUGCUUUUAAGAUUUUCGUUCAUAAUUUCACAAUGGUGGACAGUUUUAAGUUACAAAUAUUUGGUGCAGGUUAAUUGUGGUCGGAUCACUCUGUCUCGAGGUAUGUGCUGGUUGUCUUCAUGGAAAUCUGUGUCUUAACAUUGAAACAAAUAUUUCAUCACCUUACGUAGUAAAUACUCACCUUGAUAAAAUUUCACGUGGUUUUCCAGAAUGUAUUUAGAGAAAAAUCUUAUAUUCUUUAAGGAGUAUACUGUUAUGACAGUCGCCACAUCCCUUUGAUAAUUUCUGGAAUCCUUGUAUUUAUUUUCUAUCGCUUCCUACAAUAGAUAAAUAUUAUAAGACGUUGCACAACGUAGGCAAGGUUAUUAAAAUUGCAUGAAUAUUUUUUCUCGAAUUUAUUUAAUCUCAGCGCUCGAAUUAAUGGCAAAAAACGUAGCAUUAUUCCACAUCACCAUGGUGGAGCGAAAGUCACAUCAUAAUUCUGGAGAAAACAUUUGGUUUAUUUUUUCGCAGAGAUGAGCAGAGGUAUGUACAGCCGUUUAUUUUUUACUUCAUCGAUGGGUUUUGUCGUUCCUGUCUCGUCCAAUGCCUCUGAAUGGUGGAGAAUUGAGCACGGCUCAUACAGGGUGAGCCAUUUCUAGACACCCCGCUGGAAUAAUGGAGAAGCCGUGUGUUAUCAACACACCGUGUUUUAAUCUGGAGCCUCUGAAAUGCCUCCCAGUGAUCUCCAUCGCAACUGAAUUGUUCGCAACAGUGGAUGAAGAUGAUGAUGCGUAUACCGAGGUCAUCGAUAUCUCGCUGUCUCGUCGCGUACGCAUGCCGUCUGGGACAUUGAGCCCACUGGGAACAAUGCAUGAGGGGUGGGGGGGUGGUGAUGUUAUGUCUGGUUAACGAGGGGCCCACGCGAUUGUCAUGUGAACGCGGGGGGCCCACGUGACUGUUCCGCCUCGGCCAAUCCAACACGCAGGUAACUCCUGUUGAUCAAUCACACGCGACACAAGGCCAUGGUGGUUAGCGAUCAGUGGGGUGUCUAUGAAUGGAUCACACUUUGCAAUAGGUACGUGUCCGCCCACUCGUGUGUGUGUGUGUGCCCCUUGGCCUGUUGGUUUUGCCCGUCGGUUUUGCCCGUUACUCUGGAACCCCGCACAGAUGAAAGCCACCGGUCAGUCUCUCGUCAGCUACUUUCGCUACGCCGUUCGGGUUGCAGAAUUGUAAUUGUUCCGUGGUAACGGAUGGACUCAGUCUGCGUUUGUGCAAAAAGGCCUCGUGCUUUGUGGGUUAUCCCUGGACCAAACUGAAAUUUGUUGAACAUAUAUACACACACGUAAUGUUUGUUGUGUAUAUCUGGCAUUACACAGGCUUGGGUUAUUUCAAAUUUCAUUACAUUUUUAUUUAGGAAUAUAGCAGAGAGCGCCUCGUAUCCGUGACAGAGUAAGCCACGGUGCUACUAGAGCAGCCCUUUUGUUCCCAUCGUUCAUGAUUUUGUUAUGGAUCAGUGGAGUAAAUUCGUGGAUAACACGUUACAUGAUAUUCGUCACCCCCACACAUCACCACAAAUAAGAGGUGAUCUCCUGAACUUUAACAUUCAACGGUUGAACUUAAUACAUGUUUAUUUUACUCUCAUUAAUGAUGCACUUCGGGAUUACGGAUUGUAUUUAAUUAUUAAUGAAAGGCUCAGCCUCAAGGUCAAUACAGAACGUUGACUUGCGCUUGAGUUGUUCUGCAUCAAUAAUAUAAUAAUUUACUUACAUAUAUACUUAUUCUUCA